AUGUCCCCGGCGCCAUGGAUAUGCAGGAGCUGCACCCGAGCGCUGGCUCGCUCUCACGUGCGCCAAUUCGUGCGCUUCGCCUCCAAUGAUGCCUCGUCGCUUCUUGCUCCCGCCCUCCUUCACCGCGCUCAGUCCAUGACAUCCGAGUACGACGAACUUCAAAAGACUCUCAAUGCUUCUUUCGAUUCUACAAAAGCUAAGCGCGUCGGCGAGCUUUCUCGGGUUGCCGAGGCUCUGAAAGCAUGGGAAAAGUCGCAGGCUUCUGUCGCUGAGCUGACAGCCAUGCUCAACGAUCCAGAGCAAGACGCUGAUCUUGUUUCUAUCGCUCGCGAUGAGCUAGAGAGCGAGACGGGAAAGCUUGAGUCCCUUGCGAGGAACCUCUCUGCCAGUCUCACCCCGCGCCAUCCCUUUGCCGAUUUUCCCUGCAUGAUCGAGUUCCGACCCGGCCCCGGUGGUCUCGAAGGCCGGUACUUUACCGAUACGCUUUUCAAGAUGUACAAAGGGCUCUGCAUGCGAAAGGGCUACCGUCACAGCGUGAUGAAGUACGAAUUCGCCGACACAGCAGGCGACUCAUCCUCCUCAGCCGGCGAAAACCCCCUUCAAGAAGCCGUCCUCGAAAUCCAAGACCAAGGCGCCUUUGACCUCUUCCGCAGCGAGGCGGGCAUGCAUCGAGUCCAGCGCAUCCCCAGCACCGAGAGCAAAGGCCGCGUUCACACGAGCGCCGUCGCAGUAUGGGUUCUCCCCUCGUUUCCUGAGAAUGGCACUGGCAGCGUCGACUUUGAAGAUCCGGAGAGCGACUUUUACGUGAACCCUCAGGAGGUCAAGAUUGAAACUAUGCGGGCUCGCGGUGCAGGUGGACAGCACGUUAACAAGACCGAGUCCGCGAUUCGAAUGACGCAUUUACCCACGGGAACGACGGUGUCGAUGCAGGAUCAUAGAUCGCAACAGAGAAAUCGAGAGGAGGCGUGGAAAAUGAUGCGUGCGAGAAUUGCGGAUCAGAGGAGAGAGGCAAGAGAAGAGGAGGCUGCAAAGUUGAGGAAUAGUGUCUUGUCCAAGACGCAGAUCACACGAGGCGAUAAGAUCAGGACGUACAACUAUAACCAGGAUCGAUGUACUGACCAUCGCGCGGGGAUAGAUGUGCAUGAUUUGCCCAAUGUGCUGGAGGGAGGAGAGAAGCUGGAUAGGAUCAUGGAUGGCGCGAGGGAUUGGCUCGUCGGCAGGGACAUUGAGCUCCUUGUCACAGAAGAGGAAGCAAAAGAGAAGGAAAACAAAGGCAAGAAAUAG